GCUCACACACACCACUCUCACAGGCACCUACCAGACACUCUCGCCUGCGUUUCUGUUCCGGUGGGUGUUGUGCGCCUGCGACGCCAUGGAUGGGCAGGAUGACGGUCAGAGGAAGAAGGCCCAUGGGAACCCGCACCCCAAGAGGGGCAACAUCAUCAAGACCAUCAUCACGGACUUGACCGGCGGCGGCGGGGACAGCAAGAAAAGCCCCGGCACCGCCACGAGCCCCGCUCCCGGCGGCGGCGGCGGCGGCGGCGGCGGCGCAAAGGACAACACCGGCAACGGCGGCGGCUCCUACUACUAGCGAUCGAGUAUGGUGCGUAGCUGCAAGCUGCGUACGAACGUACGUACGACGGAGAUAUGAUGGUUAGUUUGUGCUUGUGCUACCCUGUGGACUGCUGAAAUAAUGCUUCUCGUUGUACAGUACAUUAUAGCUAGGGACGUUGGGGGUAAGUGUACGACUGGCGGUGUAUAAACAUAUGAAGAUCGAUCGAGGCGUUGUGUAACUUAAUUGUGUUCCGUUGUUCUUGAUUACUCGUAUUGUGCAGUCAUGGAGUAACAGGUCUCCGCCGGGCUUAUGAGUAUAAAAAGUUUGGAUCUAUAGGUGGAUCUUAGCCCCCUUUAUUCAUA